AUGCCCUUCCUUCAUUGGGAAGAGGACCGCAAGCGCGAGAAGAUGGCCAAGAUGAUUCAGAAUGCGACUGAAAGAAGCCGCGAAAAACGCGAGAGAAACCAAACCGAAGACAAGCUAAAAAGAGUUGACAAACGUACUUAUGAGUUUGAUGGGAGACCGGCGCUACUCAAAUCCAGCCUGCCCCCCAUCCAGCACCCUAAAAAGUUGGACUCGAGUCACGACAAGAUCAUUCAAGACGCUUUGAGAAGAAUUUCAAGUGGAAUACCGAACGCAUCUCAUCCUAGCGACUUUCCCGAGUCCGCGAAUGCUCUCAUUCGAGGAGACCGUAUCGAAUACGAGUAUGACAAGGACGGUCGGAAGGGCUGGCCCGUCGCAAAGCUACACUUCGAUAAACACGGGCGGGUCAAAUCGAAGAACGAACUGGGUCAGUUUCUCCUUGACGCAGCAAGGCUCUACGAAGCAAUUUCGAUGCAUCGAGACCAGCAGCUUGUAGAGGAGUACCUUCACCAUGAUCCGCCACUGCACCCUCGACGGACGCUCGAUCAGUCCUACUACUGGACGCUGAAGACGACCAAAACCCGGGACAGAGACCAGGUAGUCUACCGCGGUACCAUGAUGGACGAUAGAAAUAUGCAUAAAUUACGCAAUAGUCAAGGCAAAGAAUGCAAAGAAAAGAAGAGCAAAAAGCAUCUAGAAAACCCCUAG